AUGACUCAACAAGAAUACCGUUCCCCCUCACAACGCUUAUCCAAGGGGAGGAGUAUGUCGCUACCCAAAAUAUUUGCUCGUAAUUUGAGAUCUCUUCAAACCAACGCACCCACUGGCAAAGAUAUCAAUUGCAAUUGCUCAAGUUUCAAUUCCUUUUCCUCGUCCGCAAGCGCCAGCUCAAACUCACAAAUUAGUAUGACUUAUAAUGAAAACAAGCAUGAUCUUCCCAUACCCUUUCCCCUACAUGUAGAAUGCGACGAUAGUUGGUCAAGUUCUAAAAUUAACAAGUUAAAAUCAAUGUUUCACCAUAACAGAUCAAAAAAUAGUGGCAUUACAGACGUGUCUGAUUCGGAGAAGGGCACGCACCAACGUGAACAUCAAUCGACGACACGCGUAGGGCAGUCGCAAAGUUCCAUUAACGAUGAGAGAAAUGUCCUUAACACUACCAAAAGUACGCUUAUAUCGAAUGAAGCGAUAUGCUCUACGCCUAACGAGAUAUCGGGGAGCUCUUCUCCGAAUGCGGAGUUAUUUACCUUUGAUAUGCCCACAGACCCAUCAUCCUUUCACACUCCUAGUUCCCCAAGUUAUAUAGCAAAGGACAGUAGAAAUCUGAGUAAUGGUUCUUUAAAUGAUAUUAACGAAAAUGAAGAGGUCCGGCAUUUCCAUAGAAAAGUCGAAGAAAGUUGCAAUGUCUCACCCUUGGCUCACUUGUCCUUAUCAAAUUCACCAACUGAUCCCCUGGGUGGAAAGAAUGGAAAUAAAAGGGACCAAAUACCUAUUAAAACAACACCACGUUUAAGGAGAGCCGCUUCCGAACCAUUUGACACAGCAAAGGACGGGUUAUUGCGGGAAGAUUUCCUCGCUUUGAAACAACCUCCAAAUUUGGGAGAUAUUGUAGAACCUAGGAGGUCUCGUCGUUUAAGAACCAAAUCAUUCAGUAAUAAGUUCCAAGACAUUACUGUCGAACCUCAAUCAUUUGAAAAAAUUAGACUACUGGGCCAGGGUGAUGUGGGUAAAGUCUAUUUAGUAAGGGAACGCGAUACCAACCAGAUAUUCGCCCUGAAAGUCUUGAGUAAACAUGAAAUGAUCAAGAGGAAAAAAAUUAAGCGCGUACUCACUGAGCAGGAAAUCCUCGCAACAAGUGAUCAUCCAUUUAUUGUGACGCUGUACCAUUCCUUUCAAACGGAGGAUUAUUUGUACCUCUGUAUGGAAUACUGCAUGGGAGGGGAAUUCUUUAGAGCUUUGCAGACAAGAAAAAGUAAGUGCAUUGCAGAAGAUGAUGCAAAGUUUUACGCCAGUGAAGUAGUAGCGGCUUUGGAAUAUUUACACCUACUGGGCUUCAUAUAUAGAGAUUUAAAACCCGAGAAUAUAUUACUGCAUCAAUCUGGCCAUAUUAUGCUUUCUGACUUUGAUUUAUCCAUCCAGGCAACAGGAUCAAAAAAUCCCACUAUGAAAGACUCUACGUAUUUAGAUACAAAAAUUUGUUCAGAUGGAUUUAGAACUAAUUCCUUUGUUGGUACUGAAGAGUACUUAGCUCCAGAAGUAAUCAGAGGGAAUGGGCAUACAGCGGCAGUAGACUGGUGGACUUUAGGAAUAUUAAUUUAUGAGAUGCUUUUCGGCUGCACUCCAUUCAAAGGAGAUAAUUCAAAUGAAACUUUCUCUAACAUUUUGACCAAGGACGUCAAAUUCCCACAUGAUAAAGAAGUUUCAAAGAACUGCAAAGAUCUGAUAAAGAAACUAUUAAACAAAAACGAGGCAAAGAGGCUUGGCUCUAAAUUAGGAGCUGCAGACAUAAAGAGACACCCCUUCUUCAAGAAAGUUCAGUGGUCGUUCUUAAGAAAUCAAGACCCCCCUUUGAUACCUGCAUUAAAUAAUAACGGCUGUGAACUCCCCUUUAUAUUGUCUUGCAAUAAAAACUCGAGAAAAAACUCGGUGAGCAAACAGGAAAUCCAAAUGUUUUGUGAAAAAGUUGCAAAUGAUGACGAAAUUGAUGAGGCAGAUCCAUUCCAUGAUUUCAAUUCUAUGAGUUUAGCGAAGAAAGAUCACAGUAUUUUAACUUACUCUGAAAAUCAUACCUAUGGCAAAAUUCUGUACAAAUCAACUUGCACAAGAUCAAGACAUAACAGUUCUCACAGAAAUUUCUUUAAAGACAUAAUACCUGAACUAUAA